UAGUACAUGUUUAUGCUUUCAUAACAUGUUUCGUUUAUCGUGCUUUGUGCGCACGUGAAGCGCAAUUUCAAGUGACCAAACAUUAGAGAAUAUAUUAUAUCCUUUGAUUUCGUUCAGGGUAAGUUUCUUUUAUUACAUUUUACGGCAAUGUGAAAAAUUCAAACAAUUCAAAAUAAAAAUAUGGAUGAUCACUCCUUCUUAAUUGAAAUGUUCGUCAAAGCGUUAAAAAUUGCGCAAUAUUAAAUUGAUGGAAAAUGGAAAACUUGACAUUACUUGCGGUGGUUUGAGCUAUUCCUUGAAAUAACGCAAAAUGCAUGUUAGACAUUUUAUUGUAAAUCAUUUUUCAUUGUUCGCGGAUUUUGCCUAAGUUUCAUUAAUAGCAAAAAUUAACCCGUGAUCGUGAAGACGUGAUAAUUUUUAAAUUGGCUGAAUGAUACUUAAAUACUAAUUAAAAGAUAAAUAUGUACGAGUAUACAGCAAUUAAUGUUCUUUUGUUGAAAGAAUCUCGUUGUUUAGAUUUGCGCGAAAUACAUGAAUAAAUUAAAUUAAAUCAAAAUUCGCCCUUCUGCCGCAAAAUUUUAGAAAUUAUUUGACUCGUUUAUGUGUUGUCGUUCUGUUGUGAAUGGCUUUGAUAACAAAAUUUUCAUGUCUUUUGUAUUCCUUUUUCCUUUUUCAAAUAUUGAAAUUUACAUUUGGUUUUUUUCAAAAUUGUAACUUUUGUUAUUAACGUUUGUUGUCGUUCUUCCUCUUUACUAAAAUGUGCUAAUAUUUAACCACCAAAUUUUCUGUCUGCAAAAUUCCGUAUGCUAGGGAAAAUUGUGAAAAAAAUUGCAAAAACUUAAAUUGAACUGCAUCUCGAAACUUUAUUGCCUCGGACGUACUCUUCUACUAUUGCAUUGGCUUAGUCAUGGCGGUUUUUGAACAGCACAGUCAUGUGAGUGUCUGGUGGUUUCCUCGAGAAUUUUGCCAAUCACGCUUUGGUGAAUACAGGGAAAGCGGCACCAACUCUUGUACUCUCAUUUCGCUAAUUUUAGCAGAUAAAAUCGCCAAAGAGCAAAUAUUCUCGCAGAAAGCUAAAACAUUGCCACAACGGGCCGUGGAGGUAUUUGGCGAUGCAAUGAAUGAAGGCAAUACCGUGUACUCACGUGUAUUUGAAUCCAAAGACGACAAUGGUAGAAGAAGGCGGGCUCCCAAUCUUAAUAUUCCAGAGGCAAUAGCUGCUUUGGCUAACAGCGAUUUUAUAGAGUUUCAACUGCAGGAAUGGUUCUACACUCAUCUGACAGCGAGUCCUACAAAAGAAACAUACCAUCGGUCAGUGGCAUCGCGCAUCGCUCAGGUUUUAAAAUUGGGUGUGCAACUGUUCCGGCAACCAAGCAGUAAUACCCGAGCGAAAAAUUUAUUUGCUGCCCUUAUAGCUGACAGUCGCACCACAAUUUUCAUAUUCGAAUUCCCAAUUAAUAUUAUAUCGUUUUUUGAUUCACAUCAGCAUGGACGCCAGUCUGGUGCUGUUGUAGCGCAAUGCUCUAUUGAUCAUUUGGAGGAUUUGUGCAGUUGGUUCGUCAGAAUGCUGGAUGAUGUAUACAAAAGUCGACCCUCAGUAUACGAAAUCUCAUUCUUAACCACCAGUGCAGAUGCUCCCAAUGUAAUCCCUGCCGAUCAGAUACAUUAAAACUUAUAUUGGGGAUAAUGGACCAAGAUUGUUUGUUAAAGAGAUAGCAGUUCAAGAGAAGCGGAAACAAAAAAACGAAUCAGUCAUACUUUUAGGUUUAAAUAUUCUUUUUUUAUAUUAUAGAACAUGUUCAAUCAGUUACUACAAGUAUAGCAGUAAAAAACAAAAAUACAUUAAAUAAAAAAAAAUAAAUAAAUAAAAAAAACAAAGAAAACACAUAAAAAUAAAAUCCAUAAAACGGCAACAACCAAAACAAAGUGUUUUACUUUCAUCGUUACAUAAUACGAAUACGUUUAUAUAAACGGACAGGAAGCUUAAGUAUAAUAUGUGUAUAUUGGCAAGGUAUCAUAUCUAUGUAA